AUGUCCACAGCCACCAAGACCAAGAUCGCCGUCGCUCAAAUCCGAUCUACCGGUGACCCUGUAGCCAACCUUCGCAGGUCUGAAAACGUCAUCCGUAGUGCUGUGAAAGAGGGUGCCAAGGCAAUCUUCUUACCCGAAGCGUCCGACUUUAUCCACCCCGACAAAACUCACUCCAGGACACUGUCCCAGCCACUGGCGGAGCACACUUUCACCUUGAACCUUCAGAAGAUCGCCAAGGACCUUGGUGUGGUUAUCUCUGUGGGAGUGCAUGAAGGCCCAGAGGAUGAGAGCGAGCAAAGAGUGUACAACACGCAUGUGCUUAUUGGGACCGAGGGCGAGCUGUUGGCGAGGUAUCGCAAAGUACACUUGUUCGAUGUAGAGUUGAAGAAGGCCCCAGGGCCGGAUGGGACUGAACAGCCGCCCCAGCGAGUCGGCGAGUCGGAACGUAUCUUGCGAGGCGAGUCUAUCACUCCUCCUGUCCAGGUAGAGGGACUAGGGAAGAUUGGACUGGAGAUAUGCUACGAUAUCAGAUUCCCAGAGGUAUCUAUCAUCUUGACGAGGCUUGGAGCUCAGAUUCUUCUCUUCCCCUCUGCAUUCACGAUCAAAACUGGGCGAGAUCACUGGCACACUCUCUGUAAAGCAACUGCUAUACAAUACCAAACAUAUCUCAUUGCCUCCGCCCAAUACGGAGCGCACAACGAGGGCCGGACUUCUUGGGGCGAGACUGUCGCCUUUUCUCCAUGGGGUGAGCAGCUAGGAAAACUAAGGAGCGUCGACGAUACGCCCCCACCCCAGAAAGGCGAACAGGGUGAUCAGGAGGUGGAGCAGUUAUAUGAAGAAAGCGGAGAAUACUUUAUCACGGAAAUUGCGCUAGACAAGGUGGAGGAGGUGAGGAAGCAGCUGCCUUUGGCCAUUCAAAAGAGGGCAGAUGUUUAUGGGGUCGUGGGGGAGCAUGCCAAGAUCGAUUGA